ACUUCACCAAUUCAAGCUUCUGCGAAUUGCGAUAAUCACAAUGGCAACCCUGGAGGAGAAGCUGGAUAAGAUCCGGUCACCUAAUCUCCAAAGCCAGCAGCAAACUGUUGUGGUUUUAAAAGCGGUCGAAGAAACACUCAAGGAACAGAAUACCCAACCGACGCCGACAGGAUACUUCGCUGCGCUGUUGGCCCUAUUAAACCAGUCACUCGAAACUGGAAAAAUAAAUAAAGAAUUAACACCAUCCGUCGUAUAUCUCCUCGACAUUGUUACGCCUUUUGCGCCGCAACCUCUCCUCCGAUCCAAAUUCACACAGAUCCUUUCGCUUCUCGCCCCGGUGCUACUCCUAGACGAUGCUGAGGCGCCAUUAGUAAAACCUUCCAUUGGGUGCCUUGAAUCACUACUUCUUGCGCAAGAUUCGGCAGCAUGGAAACUUCCGACAAGCGAAAUAAGUCCGCGACGAGCUGUCGCUGGACUUUUAAAUCUUGCUACGGACCACCGACCGAAAGUACGAAAGCGGGCCCAAGAUGCGCUACGCAAAGUGCUCAAGAAUCCUCCCCCAAGCCCAUCUUUGGAUCAUCCAGCAGCAGAUCUCUGCGCUGAGACGGCGAUGAGGAGCUUGACGGAUAUCGCAAAUAAGGCUGCAUUAUCGAGGAAGCAGAAGAGGUCAUCCGCCGAACACGACCCCGCGCUCAUCCAUGCGCUACAACUUACGAAGAUGAUUGCGAUAGCUAGUGGUGGCUGGCCCAGCAAAAAUAUCGAGGCAUUGUGUGAACUUUUACUUAGCAUCGCAAAGAGUGGGAACGAGCACAUGACAAUGGCCGUCUUCGAAAUCUUCGAGAUGAUUUUCGAGGGCAUGGCAGAUGAGGUUGCGUCUACCAAAUUACCACGUCUCCUCGAAAUUAUCUCCGAGAUGCGCCCCUCAUCCAACGAUACACAACUUCUUCCUCCUUGGAUCGCCAUAUUAUCCCGAGGUUACGAUGUCUCAGCCCAAAUGGAACCCGAAGAUACGUUUCAAAAACUCCCCGAUCUUUUCACAAUGGUGUCCGAAUUUCUUGAAUCAUCUUCGCAUAACAUAAGAAUUUCUGCAUCGGAAUGCUUAAUAUCGUUUAUGGUGAACUGCAUCCCCGAGCAAGUCAUAGUUGAACCUUCGAUCUAUGAUGAGAAAGUCCUCGAGAAAGUGGCUAAGAUUGCCGAGAACCUUCUUAGCGUAAAAUACCAGGCUGCGUGGAUGGAGACGUUCAACGUACUUGGCGCGACUUUUGAUGUUCUGAGGUGGCGUGCUGAUCCAAUGAUGCUGAAUGUUGUGCGAACGGUUGGCGAACUCCGUGGCAACGACUCCUUCAUGGGCAAAAAGGAAGCGGAUGAAGUUCUCGGCAAAGCAAUCCGAGCAAUUGGCCCCGAAUCCGUGCUCAGCGUACUGCCCCUGAAUCUUGUCAAGCCAGUUAAGGGCCAAUCCGGCAGAGCUUGGAUGCUGCCAAUUCUCCGAGAUUAUACUUCAAAUACCAACCUUCAACAUUUUAGAACUGAGUUCAUCCCUUUGAGCGAGGCGAUGUUUCAACGGGUUCUAGACAACGGCGAGGCUGCUAAGACUAUGGAGAUCAAGAUAUACGAAACUUUGGUACACCAAACAUGGUCCAUUCUACCGGGUUACUGCGACUUGCCGUUAGAUUUGACAGUAGCAUUUGACCAGGUGUUUGCUGAGAUGCUCGCUAAUCUUUUGUAUAAGCAAGUUGAUCUCAGGCUUGACGUUUGCCGAGCACUCAAGGCUCUUGUCGAAUCGAACCAAGCGGUGGCUUCGGUCGAGGACGAGAGCUCAAUCCUUACAAGUCGAGUCUCUAAAGUAGACGCUCAAAAGAAUUUGACUUAUCUCGGGGGGUUCGCAGGUAACUUACUAGCGGUACUUUUCAACGUCUACAGCCAAACACUUCCCCAAUCCAGGGGCCCCAUACUUCAGACGAUCAACGCUUAUCUUAGUAUCACACCUGAGAAGGAACUUGUUGAGACAUUUGACCGUGUCAGUACAAUGUUGGCUUCUUCGCUAAAUGAGGCCAACGGUGAGGAGAAUAAGAAGCAGAAGCAAAAGCAGAUGCCUUCUACAAGUCAGACGCUGAUGGAUUUGGUAAUUACUAUGUCGGUGUAUCUCCCGCGCCAGAGUUUUAGCUCACUCUUCAACAUCGCUGCGCUCAUCAUUGUCAAGGAUGAUGACCCUCAGUUACAGAAGAAAGCCUAUAAAUUAAUACCGCGACUAGCCGAUUCGGAUACUGGCAAAGUUGCGCUUCAAGAACGAAAUGCGGAACUUCAAAACCUGAUUCUAUCGAGCUCGGAGAAGGUCUCGGUUCCUGCGCGAAGAGAACGGUUGGCGACAAUUGCCGCGUUGGUGCCGUUUAUUCCCGACGAUUCCCUUCACUUCAUCCCAUCGGUACUGUCAGAAGUAGUUAUAUGUUGCAAAGAACAUAACGAGAAGGCCAGAACCUCAGCCUUCGAACUACUAGUGCUUAUGGGUCAAAUACUAGCAGAUGCGAAGGGCAAAUUGAUCGACAACAGUAAAGUUCCUCACAUGCCAAACGAUUCCCCAUCCGUACCUGCAAGCAUCGAGGAAUACUUCACCAUGGUGAGUGCUGGUCUCGCGGGUAGCACCCCUCACAUGAUAUCCGCCUCUAUCACCGCCCUCACUCGCAUCCUAUACGAAUUUCGAGAGACAGUCAGCCAGGCAGUUCUAAGCGACCUUGUACAAACUAUGGACCUUUUCUUAACAUCCAAUAAUCGAGAGAUUGUCAAGAGUGUCUUAGGAUUCGUGAAGGUGUGCGUUAUUAGCUUACCCACAGAACUAAUGCUGCCGCGCCUAACAACCAUGAUUCCAAACUUAAUGGUAUGGGCGCACGAGCACAAGGGACACUUCAGGGCCAAGGUCAAGCACAUUCUAGAACGAAUGGUUCGUCGCUUUGGCUUUGACCCUGUUAAUCGGAAUUGCCCCGAAGCCGACCGGAAGUUGCUUACCAACAUCCGCAAAACUAAGGAGCGCAGCAAGAAGCGGAAGGAUGCUGCUAAGGAAGCGGGUGACGAGGAAGAUGGCGAUCAACAAAGUGGCAAGCGACGCAGUCGGUUCGAGAGUGAGUAUGAUGAGGCAUUGUACAGCAGCGAUGAGUCAGAUGCUUCCGAUGACUCGGACGCCGAGGUCCUCGGAAAGUCCCGAAAAUCCCAAAAGGGAGGUUCGGCAUACAUCAUGGAAGAUGAGGAUGAACCAUUGGAUCUCUUAGAUCGCAAGGCGCUCGCCAGUAUCUCCUCUACUAAACCCGGCAAAUUACGCAAGGCUGGCAAGACUAAGGCUAAGACGGACUUGGACGGCAAAUUGAUCCUUGGCGAGGAAGACGAGGAUGAUGAUGCUAUGGUCAUCGAUACGCCAGCUCAAGGGGGCAGAGAAGAGAGCGGUGUUGGUGCCUAUGUCGCGGCUCUUAAGAGCAAAGACGUGGGGCGUAGAGGCCGCGGUGGACGUCUUAAGUUCUCCAAUAGACGAGGUAAAGAUGAUGAAGACGACGAAGAAAUGGAUGUCGACGAGAAAGACGUCUCGGCUAUUAAAUCGCAAGUCAACAGAGGAGGUAGAGGUGGCAAUGGAUUCCGAGGACAGCGUGCAGGACGUGGCGGAGGUAUGCGCGGUGGAAGGAGCGGCAGGGGUGGUAUUGCUUCCGGAAGGCGAGGACUUGGGCAGGAAAGGAGACACGGUCCGUCUUUCGCUGGCAAGGUUGGGAAGCCUAAAUCUCCCGGUAGAAGGUGAUCCGGUAUCCUGGGAUUAGGAUAUUAGAUCGAGUUUGAUACCCGCUUGCAGUACACAUCUCGUGCUGCCCUACCUAUAAAAUUUCCGUUUGAUAGUUUAGUUACGGUCAAGGCGUUAUUACGGAUCAUCGGAUCAUGAACAUGAAUUAUACAUAUUUUUUCUCGUUAAAA